CUUAUCGUGACUCUACGUCAUUCAUUGGUGCGGCAGAGAGCCUCAGACAUCGCGAGCUCACCAUUACCCCACCAUCUUACCCCGCCAUCGCCGUGGUGUCUCCCCCGAAUCCAUGGCCUUAUGAACAUAAAAUAGGAUGUGCCUAACUAGGUACACAGCAGGCAGUGCGAACCUAGAAGUAGGAAAAUUCAUAUGAUAAAUAGCCUGAAUACAGCUUCCAAGUCCCAAAUUCUCGUGCCAAACACUCACGCGUUUGAAUCCCCCCCUUCAAUACCUACCUCAUAUUCAAAGUACACGUAGCUGUGUUGUGUUCACAAGAUUGAUUCCAGUAAACAAAAGGCCUGUUCUUGAAGCUGCCAUAUCUGACAAAUUCGGCUACGAAGUUACCGACUCCUUAAAUAAUCCGAUCAUAUCAAUCAAGCAAACAGCCACUUGAAAAGGACCCGAAGAUGGACAACGAGGUGUCGUUCCUGCCUUUGGGGGCCAUAAUUCAGUCCUUCACAGUCAACUCCGUCAACAUCGUUCAGGGAUUUCCAACGCAAGAGCUCUACGAGUCACAUAACAGCCCGUACUUCGGGGAGACGAUCGGUCGCGUAGCGAACCGCAUCUCGAACGCAAAGCUCGCGUCCGUCAACGGCGGCAACUCGUACAACCUCCCCGCAAACGACGGUUCCAAUACCCUACACGGCGGUGUAAAGGGCUGGGGCAAGCGGAUAUGGGACGGGCCUAAGGCCACCGGGGCUCCAAAGCCCGCGGGACAGCAAGAGGGCGGCGACAGCGUCCAGUUCACGUUGCGCAGCGAGGAUGGAGACGAGGGGUUUCCCGGUGAAGUCUUGGCAAAGGUGACUUACACAGCGGCAAAGCACAAAGAGGGCGGAGGAGAUACGCAAAAAGAAGUCACGCUCCUGAAUAUUGAGUACGAGGCCGAACUAGUCAGCGGUGCUGAAGAGACUGUCAUCAACAUGACCAACCAUUCCUACUUCAACUUAACCGGUGGUCCCUCGAUCGAGGGGACUGAAGUACAACUCUGCACCCCUUCGUAUCUGCCCGUCGACGAUGGCGGCAUUCCAACAGGGGGUCCGACAACAUAUGCCAAAGUAGCCACCAACGAGAAGUUCACUCUAGGCCCCCAGGAGCCCGACAUCGACGACUGCUUCGUGGUGGAUCCUUCUGCAUCCCCUGCCUCUGUACCAAUCGAUACACGGGACCGACCUCUCGUAGUUCUCGUGAAGGCAUACCAUCCCGACUCCAAGAUCCACCUCGAGGUUCACAGCACGGAGCCUGCGUUCCAAUUCUACACCGGCAAGUACAUCAACGUGCCCGCCGUCGAGGGCGUGCCAGCCCGGAAUGCGCGGAGCGGGUUCUGCGUCGAGCCCAGUCGGUUCGUAAAUGCGUGCAACGUCGACGACUGGAAGAACCAAAUGCUCCUAAAGAAGGGAGAGAAAUACGGCUGUCGGAUUUUAUAUAAGGCUUGGCAGGAUUAGGAUACUUAAAAUUUAGCAGACGAUGAUACCACCAUAUCAGGAGAAGGUCCGUCUGAAUACCAAUGUACUACUAUAACGU